ACAGAAACGUCAUCGGGAACUUAUUGAAUAUUCAUAGAGCACCUGCCAGCAUCAACAAGCAUCUCGAGGACAGAAAUAUGUUAUCAAAUUUAUACCCAUAUUUUUAGAGGAAUAUUUAAAAUAAGGUGGUAAAGAGAUGGCUUGUUUGUAAGUAAAUAUGUGGAACAAAUAUUACGCGAUUCUUUCUGGAAUUUUACUGUCAAUAUGUGUUGGAAAUUGCCCGUGUUUAGCAUUACAGAUUGAUCGUCAAUUUCCAUUGGGCACAAUUGGUUGUCUGUUUACCAAUACACAGGAACUAUGUGAAGCAGGCGCAACUUGUAUAGAUGACCUCCUGUUCGGAACUUGCUCUGACAGUGGAAUUCCAGCAAAUUUCGACUACACUCUCCGAAAGCAUGACUUGAAGAAACUACAAAAUGAAAUACUUAAACUGGUACAAGAUGGAUUUUCAUGGCAUGACGGCUACACACAAUGCAUUAUACAGAACGUCAUCAUUUCUCUUACUAUAAAGGAACCUUUCAGUAAAAAAAUCUGUUACGAGCUUCUUUUUGACUGGAAAAACCCGGUCGAAGAUGAAAUUACGUCAGUGCUAGAAAGUCUGUAUGACAGAACUGCUGGAAUAGACCGGUUAACACCUGCUGAUCAAUACGAACCUGUUUCGUUAUUGUCACCAUCACAGAAACGUGAUGAAAUUGUCAGGGUACAUAAAUAUUUUGAUAAAAAUGAAAAAAUUCACAAACGUAAUUUUUGGGAUCCCCCAGUAGGACUUAGUAACUACCUCUCAUAUUACCCAAGAGAUGACGUUUUACAGUACUAUCCUAGUCUUUAUCAACAAAAUUACAAGUUGCCAAAUCGGGGCGGAUGGGAAGAUUCUGGAAUUUCUUACGAUGAUAUACAACUAGUAAAAGAUUACCUCCAGGCUACGCGCAGGAAGCAACGAUACAGUUCAAAAUUAUCUGACCUAUUUUCAUUGUCACAUGACCUUCAGCAGCAGUCACCACAGCAAGUUGAAGGGUUCCCUGAAUAUGAUCUACCAGACAGAGGCUAUGAUUUUCAAGAAGAAGACCUAGAACCAGGCUAUGUUUGGAAUGACAACGGCAUGAUUUAUGAAGUCUCAACUCCGGAUAAUGGGCAAGAACAACUUGAUUUGGUUGAAGUUGCUGGUCCACCAGUAGAGGAAACAGAAGAAAUCCAGUCACUUCCUCCUAGUUUGGCCAACACCCUGGAUAAACUUAUACAAGGAGAUAUAACACCAGAAAAUUUGACAGAUGUAGAACUGGAAUACUUUACUCCUUAUGUGUCUAACAUGUUACUGCGUCUGAAUGAUGUUGAUGACAAGAUACCCAUGGUUGAUGAGCCAGAAGCUUGGAAUGAUAUUCCUGUAGAAGAAAAUAUGAUGCAAGGUGCUGAGGAGCGUCCAUAUGGUAUUGAUGAAGAAGAAAUGAUGAGAGAUGUAUCAGGUGAUACUGACGAUGCUCUCCCAGUGGAGGAUGACCUGGCUAAUAUUGUACAAGAUGAAGUAGAUAGACAGUACUUUGAGAAGAAGUCAGAUACAGAUAACACAGAAAAGGCUGUUAAAAGAGAAGAUGUCGUGGACACAAACUUUGCAUUCAUUGAGAUGGAUCAGAAUCUCACCAAAAAUACAAAGGACAAGUUGAUAGAUGCCCUUCAGAAGGUUGUCACUGCAAACCCUGGCUCAUUGAACAAUUAUGAAGUAAAUGGUACGAAGUUGAAGAUCAACGUGGAUCCCAUAUUGGCAGGACUGAAUGCUUCAAGAGUUGCAGAACAAGCACGUGAACACCAGACAGAGUUGGAAAAAGCAACAGGUCUCAAGUUUAUCAAGUCUGGCAUAGGAAAUGUGACUGAAGUUGAGUGGAAAGGCAAUGAUGAUCGGUACUUUGUGCUGACCUUCGUUCUCUGUGGCUGUAUCGCUGGCAUCCUAUUGGCUGUUGUCGUGAUAUACUUGAUCAGGCGUAACUCCCGCUCGAAAGAGAAACUGCAACAGAUAACCGCAGCACAGGAAGGCAAUGAAGCUGCGUCAAAGGAUUAUCAGGACCUAUGUCGGCAGCGUAUGCAGAGUAAGUCAUCAGAGAAGCCAGAGCCCCUGCACACAGCAGCCGUAUCCAGGGUGGGUAGUGUGUCUGAGUCACAAGUGCGAAGCCCAUCGAGCCGCAGCAGCACCUCCUCCUGGAGUGAAGAACCAGUGAAUUCCAACAUGGACAUCUCCACUGGACACAUUGUGCUGUCCUAUAUGGAAGACCACUUGAAGAACAAGGACCGACUGGAGCGGGAAUGGGAGGCCAUGUGUGCGUACGAGGCAGACCCUUGCAGCACCAAGGUCGGUGAGGACAAUGGCAAUGCAAGGAAAAACAGAUACGCUGAUGUGCUACCAUACGACCAUUCCCGUGUUGUAUUGACGACCAACACAAAUGUGUCUGGGGCUGAUUACAUCAACGCAAGCACAAUCACGGACCAUGACCCAAGGAACCCGGCAUAUGUAGCGACCCAGGGUCCAUUGCCUCACACCGUGGCAGAUUUCUGGCAGAUGGUUUGGGAACAAGGCAGUGUUGUGAUUGUGAUGCUGACAAAGCUUACAGAGAAUGGAGAAGCCAAAUGUCACCGAUACUGGCCAGACGAGGGCAGUGACCUCUACCAUAUAUAUGAGGUACAUCUUGUGUCUGAGCACAUCUGGUGUGAAGAUUAUCUGGUGAGAAGUUUCUACUUGAAGAAUCUUCAGACCGGCGAGACUCGCACAGUUACACAGUUCCACUUCCUGACCUGGCCAGACCUUGGUAUUCCUGGAUCGAUUAAGGCACUUCUUGACUUCAGAAGGAAAGUGAACAAGUCGUAUAGAGGACGCUCUUGUCCGAUCGUUGUUCACUGCAGUGAUGGAUGCGGACGCACUGGAACCUACUGUCUUAUUGACAUGGUCCUCAACAGAAUGGCAAAAGGAGCAAAGGAGAUAGACAUAGCGGCCACUCUGGAGCACAUCCGAGAUCAGAGAACCAGUAUGGUAAAAACAAAGGAGCAGUUUCAGUUUGCUCUGGCAGCUGUUGCAGAAGAGGUGCAUGCCAUUCUGAAGGCCCUCCCACAAUAGGUCACAUGACUUGUUGGAGUAAUCACAUGACCUGAUUCUAUAAAUAGAAUCACUACACUGAAUGAUGGAUGAAAACUGACUUAUGGACAUUUUUUCUUGUUGAUUGUAUUUUGUGAAUUAGAAUUGUUCAAUAUUACUUGAUGUCUAUUUUAAGAGAAACAUUUUCAUCAUUAUAUUUGUUGUGGUAGUUAUAAUUGUUUCAUAUAUUUCUUCUAUAAAAAACAGAAUAUUUAUUUCUAAAUAUAAAAAUGUAUAUAAAUACUUUCAAAAAAAAAAAGAAGUAUACUUAAAUCAAUAUAUAUUUUAAAAUUGAUUAGAUUAUUUGAUAGGUUUGUCCCUGAAGUAAUGAAUAAGUUUGAUUUAUAGUGUGAUAGUAGUUCAAAAUAUCUGUUAAUGUUUUAAUAGCAUGAACUUUUACUGGAGUAGAAGAGCUUAAACUUAAGAUAAGUUUUAGAAAGACAAAGAUUUUAGAUAAUUACUGAUUUGAUCAUUAAGGAUAAUUCAAUAAUAAGUUUAUUCAAUACUCAAUUCAUGUAGUACAUGACAAUAUGAGCUAUAACAUAUAAUAGAUGCAAAGAUUUCAGAUAAUUACCGAUUUGAUCAUUGAGUAAGGAUCAAUAAUUACUGAUUAGAUCACUGAGUAAGGAUAAUAGAUGCAAAGAUUUCAGAUAAUUACAGAUUUGAUCAUUGAGUAAGGAUCAAUAAUUACUGAUUAGAUCACUGAAUAAGGAUAACAGAUGCAAAGAUUUCAGACAAUUACUGAUUUGAUCAUUGAGUAAGGAUCAGUAAUUACUGAUUAGAUCACUGAAUAAGGAUAAUAGAUGCAAAGAUUUUAGACAAUUACUGAUUUUAUCAACCGUUCAAAUUUAUACAUAAUGUAACCAAAGACUGUUGUUACUAAUUUUUAUCGUAUAACAAGAUACAGUUUUAGGAAAGCUUGUUUCAAAAUACAAAAAAAAACAAUCCUUUGAUAAUGAUACAUACUACUGAGGUUUCAGAUUGACUAUCAUGUUUACAUUUAAAAGAAAUGUCAUAGCAUUGUGCUUUUUCAGUGUCAUCAAGAUCAUUUAUUAUGUAAUAUCAUAGUAUUAGUACAAUUUGUAUUGACUUACUGUUUAAAUCUUACGCCAUACUUUCAAAGAAAUGCUUCACAGUUUUUAGCUCACCUGUCACAAAGUGACAAGGUGAGCUUUUGUGAUCGCGCGGUGUCCGUCGUCCGUCCGUCCGUCCGUAAACUUUUGCUUGUGACCACUCUAGAGGUCACAUUUUUCAUGGGAUCUUUAUGAAAGUUGGUCAGAAUGUUCAUCUUGAUGAUAUCUAGGUCAAGUUCGAAACUGGGUCAUGUGCCUUCAAAAACUAGGUCAGUAGGUCUAAAAAUAGAAAAACCUUGUGACCUCUCUAGAGGUCAUAUAUUUCACAAGAUCUUCAUAAAAAUUGGUCAGAAUGUUCACCUUGAUGAUAUCUAGGUCAAGUUCGAAACUGGGUCACGUGCCUUCAAAAACUAGGUCAGUAGGUCUAAAAAUAGAAAAACCUUGUGACCUCUCUAGAGACCAUAUAUUUCAUAAGAUCUUCAUGUAAAUUGGUCAGAAUGUUCACCUUGAUGAUAUCUAGGUCAAGUUUGAAACUGGGUCACGUGCCAUCAAAAAUUAGGUCAGUAGUUCAAAUAAUAGAAAAACCUUGUGACCUCUCUUAAGGCCAUAUUUUUCAUGGGAUCUGUAUGAAAGUUGGUCUGAAUGUUCGUCUUGAUGAUAUCUAGGUCAAGUUCGAAACUGGGUCACGUGGGGUCAAAAACUAGGUCAGUAGGUCUAAAAAUAGAAAAACCUUGUGACCUCUCUAGAGGCCAUAUAGUUCAUGAGAUCUUCAUGAAAAUUGGUCAGAAUGUUCACCUUGAUGAUAUCUAGGUCAAGUUUGAAAGUGGGUCACGUGCCAUCAAAAACUAGGUCAGUAGGUCAAAUAAUAGAAAAACCUUGUGACCUCUCUAGAGGCCAUUUUUUUUAUGGGAUCUGUAUGAAAGUUAGUCUGAAUGUUUAUCUUGAUGAUAUCCAGGUCAAGUUCGAAAGUGGGUCACAUGCCUUCAAAAACUAGGUCAGUAGGUCAAAUAAUAGAAAAACCUUGUGACCUAUCUAAAGGCCAUAUUUUUCAUGGGAUCUGUAUGAAAAUUGGUCUGAAUGUUCAUCUUGAUGAUAUCUAGGUCAAGUUCGAAACAAGGUCAUGUGCGGUCAAAAACUAGGUCAGUAGGUCUAAAAAUAGAAAAACCUUGUUACCUCUCUAGAGGUCAUACUUGUGAAUGGAUCUCCAUAAAAAUUGGUCAGAAUGUUCACCUUAAUGAUAUCUUGGUCAGAUUUGAAACUGGGUCACGUGCCUUAAAAAACUAGGUCAGUAGGUCAAAUAGUAAAAAAAACCUUGUGACCUCUCUAGAGGCCAUACUUUUCAUGGGAUCUGUGUGAAAGUUGGUCUGAAUGUUCAUCUUGAUGAUAUCUAGGUCAAGUUUGAAACUGGGUCAACUGCGGUCAAAAACUAGGUCAGUAGGUCUAAAAUUAUUAAAAUCUUUUGACUUCUCUAGAGGCCAUAUUUUUCAAUGGAUCUUCAUGAAAAUUGAUCUGAAUGUUAACCUUGAUGAUAUCUAGGUCAAUUUCGAAACUGGGUCACAUGAGCUCAAAAACUAGGCCAGUAGGUAUAAAAAUAGAGAAACCUUGUGACCUCUCUAGAGGCCAUAUUUUUCAUGAGAUCUUCAUGAAAAUUAGUGAGAAUGUUAGUGAGAAUGUUCACCUUGAUGAUAUCUAGGUAAAGUUCAAAACAGGGUCACGUACCUUCGAAAACUAGGUCAAUAGGUCAAAUAGAAAAACCUUGUGACCUCUCUAGAGACCAUAUUUUUCAAUGGAACGUCAUGAAAAUUGGUCAGAAUUUUUAUCUUGAUAAUAUCUAGGUCAAGUUCAAAACUGGGUCACAUGGGCUCAAAAACUAGGUCACUAUGUCAAAUAAUAGAAAAAACGACGUCGUACUCAAAACUGGGUCAUGUGGGAAGAGGUGAGCGAUUCAGGACCAUCAUGGUCCUCUUGUUAUUCUAGAGGCAUAUGUGCAAUUAUAUUUGUUCUUGAUUUCUUAAAAAAGAUUCUGUUUAGUUUAGUUUUUAUUAGAAACAUCUUAUAUGCGAUAUUUUCCCGAAGUUUUGUCAGACAGCCUAGUGCUCUAUAUUUUAUUUGUGUGAUAAAAUCAUGUUACUUCAUGCUUAACCCUGUUAAAAUGAUUUGGUAAUAAAUCUUACCUAAAAAAAAGAAAAUGAAUCUUUCUAAAAGCUUGUGUCAACAUAUUUGUUUAUUUUGUGAAAUACCCAGUCAUUGGUAUGAUCUGAUAUAUUACAUAAUUAUGUAAUCAAUAAUGUGAGUAAGUGAAUAGUAAAACUUUUUCUCUCUUACAGAGCAAAAUAUACUGAAAGAUUUCAUUAAGUUUAGCAUUUGGAAACAAAAAAUACAAGUCACAAAUUUUAUGAAGUCUGCCCACAGAGACCUGAUGCAGAUUUACCCCACAUUUAUAUGCAUUUCAACAGUUAAAGAUGCCAAAAUUGCAAAUUAUUAAAAAUAUGUCAUACUGGUUUGUUAUGUAUUAACUUUUGAGUCUUUUUACUAGAACAUUUAAAAUGUUUCUAUUGUUUUUUUAAAGCUAAAUUUUCAAAUUUUUUGAUACAUUCUUUACAUUCCAAAUAGUAUUUUAACAUUCCUACAGUCCUUGUAUAGGAAAAUUAAAAUUUGAAAAUGGAAACAUUAAUGUUUGAUGAUACCACAUAUCACUAAGUGAAAAAGAGGCAAUAACUCUUCCAUCUCUGGCCUAAACAUUAGUUAAUGGCUUUUUAUCUAACAACAUUUUAAAAUUCUUCAGAUUGUCAAAGAGAUAAAAUUGAAAUGAUGCAUAUUUCCUUAAGCUAAUUGAUAUGGAAAACAUUGAUUUUUUUUUUAAAAUGUACCUUUUAUAUCUACUACAACUCUACUUCGUAAUAUACUCAUUUGUCACAAACUUUGCUGGAUCAAAAUGCCAAAUAUCAAUUUGAUAAUUGAUUUAUACUUGUUCAGAUAUACUUGCAAACUAGUCACAAAUUGCUAGUCAGCAGUUCAGUAAUAACUUUACAUGUAAAUGGUUGUUGUUGUUGUAGUCAUGUUCAUUGUUUAUGAUUCAUUAUUAGUUGUCUAACACCUAUUUAAGGUAAGUGUACACCCACUGGUAAAACUUACUGGAAAACACAGACUGGCCUCAUCUUGUGUAGCUUUUGACUUGCCAUACUGUGUUCAAAUUUUGUUCCCACCGGUUGAUGAGUUUUUAUUUCAGUAAUUUACUACUUUCUGAAGUUCCUCUCACAAAACAUAAAUGUCAUGUUUAUUCAGUAUGAUGCUGUUUAUGAUAUUUUUAAUAAAUAAAUCAAACAGAUCCGAAAUUCUCACAACUAUUUAUAGGUAAAUCUCUGUAAAUCUUGUGACAGCCAAAAUAAUGAAGUCAGCUUGUUUAUCAGUGAAGAUGCUUUCCAGACAAUCACUGUGUUGAUCAAAGUGAUGUGUGAUUUUUAAAAGAAAAUACAUCCAGAUAUUGCAAGGAAGGCAAUUUAUGUUAGUCUACAAAUUUUGAUAGUGGUUGGCUACCUUUGGUCUCUUACUUGACAUAGGUGAUUUGGUGGUCUCCUACCUUAUUGUUACAUGAUAUUCGUUAUAUUCUUGUUAAGUUUUUUUUUUUCUGUAAAGUCUAUAGUUAUGUAUGUACAGUGAUAUCAAAGGUUCUUUACAUUUCUUUUAAUAAACGAUAAAGAAAGUUCAAUUCUUGGAGAAAUUUAUCAUUUUAAUCUCUUUUAUUAAAGAAAAUAUGAAAUUAAAAAAAAAAAUAUGUGGAUGUUUUACUUAAGUAAACAAUAAAAGCAGAUCUGUAAUGAAGAUAUUUUUCUUUUUUAUCCUUGUUGAAAGUAGUGCUUUACAUUAUAAAGAAUUUUAUCUUUAUUAGUUUAAUUGAAAGACCUGUUGUUUCAUUUUAAAAGUAUAACUAUAAAUCAAAAAUUAAUUGUUCUUGCUAGCUGGUUUACUUUUUUAUAUUCUUUACUUUUUUUAUCUGAGACAAUGUUUUCAUUAUAUUUUUCAUGGAUCAAAAAGACGCAUAAUAACUUAUUACUUUAAUGUGUUAACGAUUAACCCUAGAUUUGUUUGAUGUUUGUACUCCUUUGUCAACAUUCAUUGGCUGGUCAAGGUCAUUGAAGGAAACUCUUUAUUGAACUUAAUACUUUUUUAAAUAAAGAAUUACUCCGGUAACUUAGAAACUGAAAAUAUCUUGUGUUCUCACAUUUUGACACAAAAAAAGAUGUACAUCUUCAUUAAAGUAUAUUCAAAAACAAAGAUGCUGAUGAAAACUGGGUACUCCCCCAACAUUUACCAGCAUGUCAAAUUAAUUGAAAUUAAGAGAAUUCUUUCAUAUGUUAAGAAGAAGAAAAAAUGAAAGAGAUUCCAUGAGUCAGUAUUUAUUUAAGAAUACACUUGUAUGUUAUGUAAAGAUUAGUAAAUAAGUUAGAAAAAAAUACUGUUAUAUUACCAACUUUAACAAUGAUUAAUAUUUAUUAAACAUUGCUUUUUGUUCUUAGAAUUUUGAGAUUCAUCUGAAAGCAUGCCCCUUUAAGAAUAGUAGAAAAAAAAAUACUGGUAAUAGACAAAACAUGGCUCCAGUAUAAAGGUGCAGAAUUUACAUGUUGGGGUGAUAUGAAUAUGAUGGUUGAUGGAUUGUGUCUAAAAAUGACUGAAAUGCUGUAAAGAUUUUCUUUCUCUGACCUUUCAUCUCUCAUGCAUUGUUAUCAUGAAUAUUGUUGUGUGAUCAUUGAGAAAAUGUGCAAACUCACUAUUUCCAUCAGUUAAAAAAAAGACAAAUAUGUCAAAUGAAAUUUUUGAAAAGCAGUAUUUGUAGUAGAACAUUUAAAUACUGUUUUGUUUUGAUUUAGCUGCUUGGUUAAAGAAUAUUUAUUUUGAAAUUUAUUUUAUUUUCACAAUAACAUCCUAAGUGUAACUAUAUAUAAACAAGAUAUCAAUAAAGUAAUAUUUGGGCAGUCUGAA